AUGGAGGUCUGUCUGGGGCAGCUGCCCGAAAGGCUGCUUCUGCUGGGGGCGGCUGCACUGGCUGUGUCUGCUCUGGAAACAGCCGACCUGGUGGACCUCUGCGGGCAGACGUGGCAGGGGGCCGGGCUGCUGCUGCGCUCGCACUCCGCCUCGCGCAGGUUCUACUUCGUGGCCCCGGACACCGACUGCUGGCUCUGGAUGCGGGCGGCGGCCGCCGGCGACAGGAUUCGAUUUCAGUUCCGCUUCUUCCUGGUCUACAGCUUGGCCGCGGCGGCGCGGGCGCCCCCAGCAUCCCCGGCGUCCAACGCCUCCUCCACGGCGCCGGCCGACCCGUGCGCCCCUGGGUCCUACCUGCAGUUCUACGAGGGCCCGCCCGGGGCGCCGCGGCCCCUGGGGGCCCCUCUCUGCGGCCUGACCAUCCCGGCGGCGGUGGCGUCCUCCGGGCCCUUCCUGGGCCUCCGCCUGCUCACCAGAGGCCGCCAGCCCCGCGUGGACUUCGUGGGCGAUGCCACCUCUUUCCGGCUGGGAGCCUGCGGUGCCUACUUCCGCUGUCGGAAUGGCAGGUGCGUGCCCUCAAGCCUGGUGUGCGAUCGCUGGGGCGUGGACAACUGUGGCGAUGGUAGUGACCAGGCUUCCUGGCCACCAGCCAACUGCAGAGGUCCCCCUCUGGUGCCCAGCCAGGCAGGGGGUACUGAUGGCCCUGUGUCCAAGACCCUGACGCUCCCCUCAGCUUUUGGUUCUGCAGGAACCCUCCAGAUGGCCGCCCAGAGGACACCCAUCACAGGCCGGGCCCCUGAACAGCGGGGUUCCCGGCUCCGAGGUGUGGCGCUGGUCUGCUCACUGGUCCUAGCCUCUGCUGGCCUUCUCGUGGGCCUCCUCUGGUGCUGCUGCUCCUCCCACUGGCGGGCCUGGUGGACUGGUGCCCAGGGCCUCUGCCCCGGCUGCACCAUCUGUUACACGUGUCCUGGCCAGGUGGCUCCUGGGGGGCUGCAGCCAAGUGGGCUGGCCUUCCAGGAUCAGGGAGGACAUCCCUAG